AUGAGGCUGACUGACUCUACUAUUCGUACAUUUAAGCCGGUCAAAUAUUUCAAAGAAAAUUCUGACCGCAUCAACUCUCUUAGCUACUCCAACAAUGGAGAUACACUUAUUUCGAGUAGUGAUGAUGACCAAAUGGUGACUUACGACUGUUCAAGUGGAACGCCUAAACGUACGUUAAACAGCAAGAAGUAUGGAGUAAACCUAAUACAGUUUACACAUAGUCCUACUACUGCUAUCCACGCCUCUACUAAAAUUGAUGACACUAUACGCUAUUUAUCAUUGCACGAUAAUAAGUAUAUCAGGUAUUUUCAAAGUCAUACGAAAAGGGUCGUUUCUUUAUGUAUGUCGCCCAUUGAUGACACAUUCUUGUCUGGCGCUAUGGACAACACAAUACGUUUGUGGGAUUUACGGUCUCCCAACUGUCACGGUGUAAUGCAUGUUUCUGGUCGACCGACAGCUGCUUUCGAUCCAGAAGGAUUGAUAUUCGCAGCGGGAAUCAACUCCGAAUCAGUGAAAUUAUAUGAUUUAAGAUCAUUUGAUAAAGGACCUUUUGCUACAUUUAAGCUAGGCUUUGAAACAAGUGGAUGCAUUUGGACAGGCUUACAGUUUUCUUCUGAUGGGAAAGCUCUUCUCAUAACAACCAACGGUACCCACGUCCGAUUAGUCGAUGCAUUUAAGGGAACUCAUUUACAUACAUUAACGGUUAUAUCAAAUGCUGAAAGACAAACGUUACAUGCAACAUUUACUCCAGACAGUCAAUUUGUUCUGAUUGGUUCACCAGAUGGGAUUGUACACAUUUGGUCUGUAGAAACUGGAGUGCGUGUGGCAAGCCUACCGGGUUAUGAAGCUUCUACUCAGUCACCGAAUGCAGCUAUUCACAGUCUUGCAUUUAAUCCCAGGUUUGCGAUGCUUGCUACAGGAUCACAUCAAACAUCCUUCUGGCUUCCUGCUCUUGAGGAGUGA